CUGAAGUGCGAGGUUGCGCUAGGGCGCUCAGGUUCGACGGCGGGCGGCGCACAAACACUCACAUUCAAAUAUUCGUCUAACCUUGCGAAUCGGCGCAAUCCGGGUUCCAUCCGACGGUCGUCGCUACAGACGGGUAGAAGGGCUCGCCUCGGUAACAGUGGUUUAGUGUCGUGUGUUAUCGGCGCGGGCGUCGUGCCGGGCGGCUGGCGCAUCGGCGCGCCGCCACCGGUGUGGUCGCGAGGCUGCGGCGCGACGGCCGCGCUACAUGUCACGGUGCGGCGAGCGCGCUCUUAG